CGCCGUUGCAGUGCGUAGGCGGUUGUCGUAGACGUAGCCACCACGUGCUACGCUGUUUGCACCCCGUUCAGCAGAGUUAGAACAUAAAGUGGGUAUUCACCACCUGCAGCAUCCCCCCGUCCCACAAUCAGCAGCUCCUGCAGAUGUGCUCCCCUACAGUUCUGUCCAGAAUCUGUGCUACCAGAGUGAAUGCUAGUGUGGCUUUGAGGCGAUUUGCCGUUACUAAUGUUGUGCUUUGUGGAUUUUUGCUUGAAAUGUUUGUUGUUCAGUUUCUAAUUAAUGCUCUACAGUGAUUGUGAUCAAAAGCACAGAAUGUGUGAAGGAAAUCGUUAAACCGUUCCCAAAUUUGCGGUGAAAGUUGUUCAUUAGAUAAUAGAGUAAAUUUUGAGUAGACGUACGGAUUAAAAAUCCUACAGAUUGUGUGGUAUAUAUGCUUUAAGUUUGAUGAAUCGAGACAGAGUGCGCGGUUCCCAAGCCACCCAUCAAACCGCAGAAUUUGAUCGUAGAAAACUGAUUCGAAUACGACAAAGUGAACGCUAAAAAUAUUUCAACGCAUCCAAAGAAAAGCUGCUGCUACGUAGAGGACAAGAAAAGAUAGCAACACAGGCAAAUUGUGAUAUCUAUUUCCAUAAUCGACAUGGCAUCGUCAUUUGUGAACUGUUCUUAUGCGCCCGAAGCGAGUGUUGGUGAUGGGACAGCUUUUAAUUACUCGGACCGAACUGGCGGCAGCAGCACGCUAGAUGAGCGUGACAAAAGAACAACACGCAGUGGUGGCCUGAUAAACCAUUCUUUGCUAAAUCUGCUGGAACAGAAGCACAAACUGCUGGAAGCAAUCAACCUAGCGCCUCCACCGAAAACCAACAAUGGCCGGCGCCACUCCUCCGAAUCAUUUCCGAUGAUCGAGAAUGAAAACUACCAGAUUCCGCAACGUCAGCUCAAGAAGCCCCCAGGUUUGCAACUAGUUCCUCCUCCUGUGCCAAAACGAACAUUCCAAGGCAAGUUCACGCAUCGACAGGUGCAAUCCUUCGAUGGUCAGAAUCGAUCAUCCACGGUGACUUUUGAAAGUUAUCCCCAACAACCGAAGCCCUAUUCCCAGUAUCAUCCGGAAAGAAUUUGCCAGUCUGCAUUUGACGAUCAGACGUUUGGAUUUUUUGCAACGAACAAAACCAAAUCCAUCGCAACUUGCCUGACUAGCGUUAGCACGACGAGUUUCGAUGACAUCGGAGACACGGACGAUUUUUUGAUAUUUAGUGAAAAGAUGUCCUCGAUCGAAUCGAACCGUUCUUCCAGUGAUUCCAACAAAUCACAAACAACCAUCGACACCGGUUACGUGUCGGCUAACGAGAAUGAUCGAUCAAUUUUCACGACCGCCAGUUCCACCAAAGGCGCCUUCCGAAGUAGAUUCUCCUCAGAAGACACUCAAUCGUCGAUGGACAGCUUUCUCUCGCCGGAGCUGCAUCGAACAGACACAAAUGAUUCCCUGCAGAUGAAUGAUUCACCCUUUAGUCUGAAAAAGAAUGUGUUUAACUUUGAUCCCAAAAGUGGCCAUCUGAAAACAUCUACGACAGGUUCGCCUAGUUCAACCGAUGAUAAACUGGACAAUGGUUCAGUGCGCAGUGCCGAAGGCAGAAGUUCCCGUCGACUGCCAAUGGUUCCGACUCGGAAACAGAACAAUAUCCCACCUAAAAUCCCACCACCCACACGCAUAACAACUCCUCCAGCGUUGCCGACACGCUCCCAGCAAGCAUUUGAAUCACGAAAACUGCACAAAAUUCAACAGCAGCAACAGCAACAACAGCUCAACAGUAUCAUUCUCGAACAUAAAUCCGAUGUGUAUAACGUUCAAGAGCUGUAUAGUCGACCAACUGGUUUUCGACGCUCAAUGCAGAAUACAAUAUCACUCAAUCAAUUGCAUCACGCGAAACUCAACCAACGACAGGAUUCUAACAUAUCUAGCGAUAGUUUCUCGGCUACCUCGAGUCCCGGCUUUAACAGCAAACCCACUGAAGCUCCUUCGCUGCAAAACACGUCCAAAAUUAAUCGUUCAGCGAUGCGAAGCCAACAACUUCAGCAACAACAACAGCAGCAGCAACAACAAUCACCACAACAGGAAGAGCAAAGCCAGCAAACGCUGAACAACCAACCGGACGUGAUUAAACGAUGCGCAGAUAGUCUUAAUUCGGCCAAGACGCGAUCCGUGCCACCGCGGGUCAGCCUGCGUCAGGACUCGAGCAUUUCGAGCGACAGUUUCAGUCAAACCUCCAGUCCGAGCUACAACACGAAAAUAAUGGAGGCUCCCCUGCUGUCACAUGCGGCCAAAAUGCCCAAGGUAUCGAAACCGAUCGCCCGGAACAUCGACGAAAUCACGAAGGACGCCAACGAAAGUGAACAGAAUGGACCCUCCGUGCUGAUCAAGAGCGCAUCGACACCGGCCAGCCUGCAGACAAUCGUUCGGUUGUCCAACGGAUCCAACGUUGCGCUGCAGGGGAAAAUGAGCGAACUUGAGAAGCUGCACAUGCUAAAACCGAAAAAAUGUCCCGGUUUCUGGUCGUACAUCACCCGUUCCAAGUUUCGCACCUGUCAGGUCAUCACGAACAUUAUCAUAGUGAUUGGAGUUGCCAUCGGUAUAAUUUAUUGCAUGAAUAAAAACGCCGCUGCGCUCGCCGCAAUGAAUCAGAUGACGGCUCUGAGGACACUCAACAGUCGACAGGUUCCAGCCGAAACGACGAUCGCUUCCUUCAAUGCGGACCGGAAUCCGGCACCAGGAGUCUGCCUACCGGUGAUCGUCAAGUUCUGCCAGCAGCACAAAAUUCCCUACAACUAUACGGUAUUUCCCAACUAUAUCGGCCAUUUCGGACAGCCGGAAGCGCAAAUGAGCGAUGAUUUCCAGGAAAUUGAUCUGUUCGAGGCGCUGGUCGACGUCCAAUGCUAUGAGCUUGUGCCAUUGUUCUUAUGUUCUCUAUUUGUGCCUAAAUGCGGUAUCAGUGGGACGACGGUACCGCCCUGUCAGAGUCUAUGUACUGAAACUAUGCGCCGCUGUAGCUUUUUCUUCGAUGUCUUUGGACUGGAACUGCCGGAGUAUCUUCGAUGUCCGAUUUUUAGUGAUUCAGUUUCUGAUCAGGAAGAAUGUGUGGGGAUGGCCGAAUACAAGGAAUCCUUACUCCGAGCCAGAAGACCAGUUAAAUGUUCCGGCUUUUUGUGUGAUGAAAGGCGCUGCCUACCCAGUGAUUGGCGAUGCGACGGCCACGUGGACUGUCAGGAUCAAACGGACGAGUCGCAUUGCGAGUUGUGUGGCGAAAAUUCGAUUCAUUGUGGCGAUGGGCGAUGUAUGAGUCAGAAGCAUAUGUGUGACGGUAUUCAGGACUGCCCGUAUGGUCAGGAUGAGAGGAAUUGCAUUCGUUUGAGUGAACGAAACGGCGACCUAGGACGAGGUACUUUGGAAGUCUUCAAAGGAGACAAGAAUCAAUGGGCUCCAGCUUGUGUGAAAAAUUGGGACCCCGCAACUUCUCCCACGACAAUCUGUUCAAUGCUUGGUUACAGUUCUGUGAACUCCAGUCGGACUACGAUGAGGGGCUCUAACAGAACGGUUGUCGGUAUCAAAGAUGCUUCCUCUAUGUGGCGAAUGUAUCAGAAGAAACACGGCAACAUGAUCAAAGAGUUCAACAGCUGUGACAUCAAUUCACGAUAUCCAGUGGCAGAGCUAACAUGCUCUAACUUUGAAUGCGGAAAAGUUCCCAACAAAAAGUACUUCAAACCUCAAACUCGAAUAGUGGGUGGAUCUUCGUCUAAGCCCGGUGACUGGCCCUUCAUUGCGGCCAUUCUCGGUGGCCCGGAGGAAAUAUUCUACUGUGCUGGUGUUUUGAUUGCAGAUCAGUGGGUUCUAACUGCUUCUCAUUGCAUUGGAAAUCACACAAUGAGAAACGUUAAUGAUUGGACAAUCCAGCUGGGAAUAACCAGACGCCACUCGCACGCAUACUAUGGCCAACGUGUGAAGGUUAAAACGGUGAUACCCCACCCACAGUACAACAUGUACAUUCCGCACGACAACGAUAUCGCCCUAUUCCAGCUUGCCACCCGGGUCGCUUUCCACGAACAUUUGCUUCCAGUUUGUCUUCCGCCACCGCACAUCCGUGAGCUGCCGCCUGGAACGAACUGCACCGUCGUGGGCUGGGGUAAACGCGAAGACAGCUCCUUGCCUAAUGGAGUGACAUACGAGCCCGCGCUGAACGAAGUCAUUGUUCCUAUUCUGAACCGGGACCUGUGCAUCGAGUGGCUUGAAAAUCUGAACGUGACAGAGGGAAUGAUUUGCGCCGGGUAUCAGGAGGGUGGACGCGAUGCCUGUCAGGGAGAUUCUGGCGGCCCCCUACUUUGUCCGUACCCGAACGAGAAGGAUCGAUGGUUCGUUGGUGGCAUCGUGUCGUGGGGCGUACGCUGUGCCCAUCCCAAACUGCCCGGGGUAUACGCCAAUGUGCCAAAGUUUAUCCCAUGGAUUUUGGCCCAGAUUAACAACCACUCAGUGCUGCAGACGGACAUCAUUGGCCGAUAAUUGGAUCCGGUUGACGGCAGCAAUUGGUAAGUCAUCAGCAGCAGCAAACAAAAAUUGUUCCAUCAGUUAGGGAAGAAGCUUAUAUACACAUCGAGGGAAACUAUUUCACUUGUGCGAAAUCAAUAGUUAGUAAUCAACCAAGACAAUAAAUUUGCUAUAUUGGCAAAAGUGUUUUAGGAUGGGGAAAUAAACGACAAUAAAAUCCAACAGAACAAUUCUAAAGAAAAAUAUGAAAAAAAAAGAUAUCGUUUUACACUAGAAAGGAAUCUUUUGAAAAACGUAACGAAUUCUCAGCAGUAGCCCCACAAACCCCAUCAAUGUUACAGCGUCCGCCACUGGGAUGGACGUUAAUGUUUUUAAGCUCAAGCCAAAGAAAAUAAGAAAUAUUCUGCGAAAAAAACAACACCAUAGGUGGAAAAGGACACAUUACCUUCGCGACCCACACUCUCUAAGAUCUAACGUGCGUUUCGUUUAACACGAUUGCAUACAGGGCAGUAUAAAGAAAAGCUUUUCUCGUUAGCCACAUAAAAAAAAAUCAUCCUACAAAGACAAGUGCGCUUUAUGAUGUGGGUGAAAUGAAACGAAAGCUUCCGAUGAAAAUGAAGCAUAACGGGAUUUUCAUCUUGUUCUUUAUUACCUUAGUCUCGAUACUACUGAGACAGAUUAUUCAGCAGUUCUUAUUAUUAAUAUGACUCACGUUAAAGCAAUUAUUUGUUCAUAAAUGUUUUUAACUAACUAACUUAUCAGUAAUAGUCUUAAGAAGAAACGUAAUUCAUAUGGCCGGGUGCAGAUAGAACCAAUAAGCACAUUAAAUAAGGUUCUCGUUUCGCAACUUCCAGUGCUGAUAUUUACCAUUUGCUAAAUGCAAACACUUUCCGCUAGCUUCACUCAUGUGCAAAAUAUCGUUCAAACUGUGUACCCGUUCUGUUAUACCAGCCACAGCAGCCAACGGGCAUCGUUUCAUCUAGAGCGAAAAAAAAAAGAAAAAUCAGAAUUCAAAAGAUCUUCUUCUUUCCCUCCUGCGCAAUCUUCAGACCCCACUGGCCGAGAUGUCUUCUAUUCGCCACCACCGUCAAGACGCUGUCACUGCUGGUGGGCCGCCACGUGUUUGCACUUCUCCCGCUUCAUUUGUUGUCCAUCGGUUAGUGCUGUCGCGUGUGGAAUCAGGAUAAAUCAUUCUAUUGUAGUCUUAAUCCAUUUUUUUCUGAAUGCUGCGAUAAAUCGGAAAUCAUUUAUAUGCGGUAAAACUUGCAGGUAGAAUGUAAGGACUUAACUAUCCAGUGACUAUAAAUUUCAAUGGUUUUAAAUCUGGUUGAUUCUCUGCAACCAAUUCGCAAGACAACGUUCAAGUAAUUCAAAUUUCGAGAAUAUGAAUUUUAAUUGAGAGCUGUUGUAAAUUGAAUGCUUUAAUUUUAUUCCGUUUUUUUUAGUUUUUGCGCCGAUGGCGUUCUACUUGGAACACUAUUAAACACAUGAAUCCUCGUGUUCAGUCAGAGUCUGCGAUCGAAUAUUUGAGCAUACUAUGAAAAUGAUGGAAAAUCAUAUAACUGCAAUAAUACAUGUCGUAGCAAGAAAUGACUGGUUGAAAUUGAUCUCUUUUCCAAAGAAAAUUGAAUUAAACCAAAUAGUUUGACUAUGUUUUUUUUUUUCUGCUGGUAAAAAACCUUUUUCCAGAUUCCCAGGUUAUUUUAAACUAGAACAACUUCUAAUAUAAAAUGUCUAGAACCUCGCAACUCAUAAUCUUUAAAACGGAGAGGGCGUUUCGUUUCACGUUUUGGACGUAAACAACAUCCUCAGCAACUUCCUUCCAGGUUCCGGAAAUUCGUGUACUAGCACAACCUUGAGAACUGGAAGAAGGUGUAACCAUUACAAGUACCCUGUCGAUCAGUGUUUUCUUCGUGGCAUUCAACUUCUUCGGGUAGGCCGAACAAGUCACACCAUUUUCUCGUCACAUCUACUGGUGACUCUGGAAGAUACCUCGAUGGCAGCAAAUUCCUUAUCAGAACCCGAUCAUGAACCUAAAGAUCCGAUUCCUGGGUGUGAUGUUUUGCAUCGAUGUACAUUUUGGCUGUCUUCUAAAACCAAUUCAGCUGAAGAACGACCGAUUGUUGGAUGGCGCGGAAGGGAGUACACGUAGUUGCCCUCUUCCAAAUCCUAUCCGGUAACUUUCAACUUCACAAUCUUCAGUAUUUUCAAAACGGAGCAGUUUUUGGCCAGUGUUGCAAAAUUUCGACACUGUAAGAUGAAACUCAAACUCUCAUCACACUGAUAUUGAAUGUCACCCGUGUCAAUUCUCAGUGAAAAUCAUGUCAGUGAUAUAAAUGAUAUGUCUUAAUUAAUAUCGAAAUUAUUUGAAUCCUCCCAGGCCGCAAGACUACAGAAUUCGCUUCAACAAGCGGAUGGUCAGGAGUUCGAAUGCUAGUAGAAUCAGGCCAUUUUGGUUAUCAAAGGGUUUUAACAUGGGUUUAUUCUCAAGGUCUCUACCAAGUACCCUCUUUAAGGCUGAUUUCUACAGUACUCUUGCUGAUUUUUAUGUUAACAAAAUAGAUCCCUACUAUAAAAAUGUAGUCACAGGAACGUAUGAUAGUUUGCUUCAGGGAAUUGUAAUUAUGGCGCGGUAUUGGCAAGAGGGGUUUCGAUGAGACUCUUUCCUUUUAUCAAAAUUUCUUUUGAAAAAAUUGCUUUUCUUCUCCAGCGGCCUAGAGUCGUGGUGACUAGUGCCGUAUUAAGAAUUUUCCUCCAUUUUCCUCGGUUCUGGGCUACUCGUCGCCAAUUUACUAGGUAUCUCUACACUCGCAGAUGCUUCAACCUGGUCAAGCCACCUAGCACGUUGAGUCCUUCUGUUUCUGGUGCCGGCGAGGUCCUUGAAGAGACCCGAUUUUACCGCACUCUCGUCCGAUCCAUCGCCGCCUCCCGACCUUCGUCAGGUGCUCAAUGGGAAUCUCUCCAAGUAGUACCUGCAGCUCGUUAUAGAUACGCCUGCACCGCUCUCCGCUUUCGGUCUGUACUCCAACAAAUAUUGACCGCAACACUUUCCGUUUAAAUACGACUAGUGCGCGUAUGUCCUCCACAAGCAGUGUCACGGUUUUAAUUCCAUAGAGAACUACUGGCUCCUGGAUCGAAGCACCCUACGCAGGCCAAAGUAGGCCGUAUUUCUAGCUUCAAUACGUCGUUUAAUCUCUUUACCUACACUUAAAAUAUUUUUCACGUUAUAAUUACCGGAAAAGUUAUGUGAAUAUUUUCCACUGUCAUUUUCACGUAGAUUUUAUGUGAUUGUCAUUUGAGUUCAUCAUGAACUGGUGAGAUGAUUUAUCCUGUGAACCUUAUUCAGUAGACAUAUGCGUUUUACGUAGAAUUCAACUACCGGCAAAGUGAAAUGCAUUCGAUUGUCUGGUAGCUACUACGUUUUAUACAACGUAUAAUUUUCAAUUGUGGUCUCCCGAAUUCUUGAGAGACUGAAAAUAGUUUUUAGAAAUUAUACAAAUAUGUUGUUUAAUAAGUCGCACGGGCAUGCAAAAUCGCCAAUUCGUAAAUGAAUUGAACGACAUACACAAUGACAAGAUGAUAUUGCGACAUUCGCCGGCGAUAAUUACUGUUAGCUGCAACUGUUUAUGUUCAGGUAAUUCCUCGCCAUUUGAACUAAAUCUGUGUAAAAUCUGUAAGCUCGAGACUCGAUGUCGGAUUCUUAUGGUUCUUCUAAAGCUCACUUAUUGGCAAGCCAUCGAGAAAUUCCUUUUUAUGUUCAAAGACUGAAUCAGACAACAGCUUCGCCAUUUUGAUUCCUGUGUAUUUUCGCACGAAGAGUUCACGCGAAACUUUAUUUUGUUUGACGUUGCCAAGUUGACGUAGAUGCUACGUGAUAAAACAUAGUAAGCAUGUGAUUUUCACGUAGAUGUUAUGUUUGUCACAUAAAUCAUGCAAAAUGACAGAAAAUGAAUAUGUACAGGAAAUUUCACGUAACAAUAAUGUGAAAAUUAUUUUGAGUGUACUUGUGUUAUUGUCCGUGUUUUUUUUUCUCUGUGUGGACUCAUCACUGCGACCAGAGACAUUUUGAUCUAUUGUGAUAUUGCCCAGGUGUUUUUCUGUACUCCGCACUUCAUAUUAUUGGCAGUAUCACUAUUGAAGUGAAUGAUACGCUUAUUUUUAUUUAUAUCCCUGCUUGUGUGUGAGAGUUUACCCUUUCAUUUCAAGCUUACUGCUCUACUAUACCGAGCCUCUUUUCUAUCCUACCGGUAUCGCCAAAUUACAAUUCCCUGAGCUGAGGCUACACCUUACGUUCCUCUCUGGCUAGGUUUAUUCUAAGAGGGACCUAUUAUGUCAAGAGGAAAGAGUUUUAUCGAACUCUCGUUCCUCGUGCCAAUAUCGCCAAUUACAAUUCCCUGUAGAGGGUAAAUAUUUCUGAAAUCAGUUUUAUUAUAAGAAGGACUUAUUUUGUCAAGAGGAAGGAGUCUUAUCGAACCUCGUUCCUCCCACCAACACCGCGUCACAAUCACAAUUCCCUGGAGGGGCACUCAAUGUUUCACCUCUGGUCAGGUUUAUUAUAAGUAGGACUUAUAUUUUUGUCAAGAGGAAGGAGUUUUAUCGAAACCUCGUUCCUCCAGCCAAGACCGCAUAGUUACAAUUCCCUGAAGAGAACUAUUAUACGUUACUCAGAACUGUUUUAUUAUAAGAGGGACUUUUUUGUUAGGAUGAAAGUCAGCAAGGGUACCAUAGAAUUCAGCUUAAAGGAAGGGUAUGUAGUGGAGAGCCUGAGAAUGAACCCAUGUUAAAGUUCUUUGACAACCAAAUAGCCUGAUUGUACUAAGAUUCGAACCCACGACCACUCGCUUAUCAAAGCGGACACUGUAACCUUGCGGCUACGAAGCUCUCCAGCGAAUAGACUAUGAAAACAUCAAGCGAUAUGGAGGAACCCAUAAGCUCACGUAAUACCACAAUUUGUUACUGCCAUAUGGCAGCAAAUGUAUGAUUUGUGGUAACUCUUCUCACAAAAGUGACAUCUGUCCCGUGACAGAGACCCCUAGUAGUUUAGUCAUGUUAGGUCAAAAAUUAUUGCGUCCAAACAACGUAUGCAUUCGUCAAUACUAAUCAUGUGGAUAAUCGAGAGGCUUUAAUACUGUUUAGACAUCCUGUAGUUAAUGUAUGUGCAUGUAAUAUUUGAAACUCAGGUAACGUACGUACGAUAUUGUCCUUACAGGUUAUAUUUCAAACUCAAAAAGCAACAAGCUUUUCAUAUUUAAUGCAGAAAAGUCAGCCAGUUGUGAUUCGGGUAGUCCUACUCCUGAGAAGAUGGACUACCUAUAAUGAUUCGUACUGCAAUUAAUAUCAAUUAACAAUUCAUUUUUUCUCAUUAUCUGUUCAUCAAUCAGGAUUUUUAGUGUAUUUGUUAAAAACAUUUUACAAUUUUCGCUAAGAGUUUUGCCUAGCGCCAUUACAUCGAAAUCCCCCUCGAAAUUUGACGACAUUUGAAAUGUCAGCCCAGUUAGCGAGCGAUAUUCGUUAACUGGGCUAGGCCCUCAGCCCAGUUAGCGAACGAACAGUGUUUUAUACGUUACUAAGAACAGUUUUAUUAUAAGAGAGACUUUUUUUUGUUAGGAUGAAAGUCAGCAAGGGUACUAUAUAGAAUUCAUCCUGAAUGAAGGGUAUAUAGUCGAGAGCCUGAGAAUGAACUCAUGUUAAAGUCUUUGACAACCAAAUGGUCUGAUUCUACUAAGAUUCGAACCCACGACCACUCGCUUAUCAAAGCGGACUCUGUAACCUUGCCGCUACGAAGCUCUCCGUCCGUGGUUACAAGAGAUGUCAAGAAUAUGAACUCAUCUAUCACUUCGAAUUCAUCGCCGUCUAUGAUCACCGUCCGUGAGAGUUCAGGGAUGUUACGGAUGUAAUUUUUUAAACAUCUGCAGAUGCGGAUGCGGAUAUGUGAUUUCAUGCGGAUUUUCCGCAUUCGCGGAUGCGGAUAUCCGUAGCAUUCCUUGUAGGUUGAAAAACGUACAGGACUCGAUCCAAGCUAGCUUUGAUAAGUCGUGUCAGAUUAUACGGAAAACCGUAGUCAUGCUAUGACAACUGGUCUCGAUUGAUGGGAAUCGCAGGAAUGAAGCAACAAGCGGAAUAAAACAAGUGCGGAAACUUGUUGGGCAUACUCAUUUAAUAACGAGAUUAAAGUAUAAUAUAACUGUACAUAGCAAAGGAAACAUGUGUAAUGAAAAUGAAUGACAGUUCGUCUUGUAAACAGGGUUGUAUAAAUCAAGGAUGUUACGGAUGUGAUUUUUCAGACAUCUGCAGAUGCGGAUGCGGAUGCGGAUAUGUGAUUGCGGAUGCAGAUGUAGAUGCGGAUGUUAAUUUUUAUGCGGAUGUUCCGCAUUCGCUGACGCGGAUGCGGAAAUCCGUAGCAGCGGAUGUUUUUUUUUUCAAUAUCCGCAUUUUUUUUUUGGUACGAUGCGAAUGCGAAUGCGGAUGUCAAUUUUCAUGCGGAUGUUCCGCAUUUGCAGAUGUGGAUAUCCGUAACAUCCCUAGUAUAAAUAACCAGAUGUUCGAUGUGAAUCUAGCAGGGGUUCCCACAUCGAUCGACUCCUUUUGCAAGGGGAGAAAGACUUUGUAGGUGGCGUUGAUCAGCGUUAUACCAUGAAAAUUGCUGCGUUGUAGCCGAUCGCCCUUUUUAUAAAUGGGGCAUACAACUACUUCCAUCCAUUCCUGAGGUAAUCUCUCUUCCUCCCAAAUUUUCCUUUGACACCGUUUGUAGGCACUCUAUCCGUUGCUCAGCUAUUGAAGUGAUCAUCGAAAAAGUGCUUCCACCUGCCGACCACCUCGCUUUCGCUUAAGACCAAGUUUCUCUCCACGUCCCUUCACAUUUCCGGACUUCGUAUGUAGCCCUUACGGGUUUGGUUACCUUCUCGUAAAACUUGCGCGUGUCAUUACCCCAAACCGUUGCUCCAGCUCUUCACGACUAAUGUUCUCCUGCUAGCGUUUCUUUCUCCUUAGAAUUGUGAUCGAAACUCGUUGAUAUUUAGCCGCAUUCUCUCUUGAUAGCUUCUCCAAGUUAGUUAUUUCCUCUCCAUCGCUUGCUGACAAUACCGGUCAAACCACUCGUAUUUUUUGCUCGACGUUACCUACUUACUGUGUGAAACGUACUGCCACGAGAUAUUAAUCUGAGCCUAUAUUCGCACCCCGAAGGGGGCGUAUUUUUGUGAUGUUCACGAGAAACCGGUAAUCAAUGAGAACGUGGUCAUCUUGGUUUGUUGUUCGGUGUUAAAGUGAUCGCCAGGUGGGUUUGGGGGAAAAAAGGUGCUUCUAUUAAGCAGGCCUUGGGAAGCUACGAAGUUAAUGCAUCGUUGGCCGUUGUCGUUCGUGUCGGUGUGUAGGUUGUAAGGCCCUAUCACCGAUCUAUAGAUCACUGCCCUUCCAACCUGGGCCUAUUCCCAAUAACGAUCUUGAUGUCCCAUGGCGAGCAGCUGUCGUAUGUUGCCUCCAACUGCGCGUAGAACGAUUUCUUCUCAUCGUCAGGUCUAACGACCUUUAAUCCUCAACAAACGACCUUUAAUCCUCAACAGACACACCACCUUCCAGUGAGCCUGCAUUCUGUCUAGCACUCUAAAACCCGAUCUCAGCUCGUUGGUUGCUCCAGCGCUCUGGUAGAACUAGGCCUUGUCACCACGGAACUUCCACACCCUCUCAUUUUUGCGACAGAUGCGCCACGACGCCGAACUCCGCCAACAAAAUUUGACGACUGGCAGUUCCACUCGUGGUUCGUUUUUCGUUGCCUAGGUCCGUGCCGAAUACUCUAAGCUCUAUUUUCUAGAAUUUUUGUUCAGAUAAAUUGCCUUACUAGGGCCACGCUACCGAGUCUCGUGAUGAAGCUGCCAUCUUGGCUAUAGCGUUCAGCGGACCUGGAAAACAGACCCUCUGAAAAGUUUGGUUUUCAUCCGAGGAGGUCACCCCCCUCACCUUCCCUGUCAGCAUACGACCAAGUCCCAUCAAGGGUUGAUUACCAUGAUCUUUACUUGGUUAUCGUAUUCCGGCUGGAGCCACGAGGAAGUUGGGAUAGGAGUUGCUGGGUAGUAUGCUACAAAGCAAAAGUUCAAGCCCUAAUCAACAAAUGUGUCCUCUUAAAACGCACAAUAAUUGCUCUGACUUGACUAUGAUUUUUUUUUUUGCAAUACAUAGUGACACAAUCCAACCACUUGAAUAAUUACUGAAGUGCAUCUCGUAAUUCGAAAUAUUUAGAAGCAUAUUUAGCUUAACUUGUCUUCACCAACCAAUUAUCAUUACACAGUUCAGUUCACAUUAAAUUUUGGAACGAGCAAAUAGUACCUACCAAUAAGAAUAGCACAAGUUGCUCAUCAAUACCCUAAAAGAGUACAAUAACUGAACAAUUCACGCUGCAACCAGGCCACUUGAUGCUCAAGGUCUUUCAAAUUUGAUAUAAAUGCACAUAGUUAUUAGAAAUAGAGAAAAAAAUGAUAAUGCCAUUUUUUUUAUCAUUAUUUUGGUCAUUAUGGGGUGAAAUAGUUUCUAGAAAAGUGAAAAUUUUAGCAAUUCUUGAUGCUUUAUUUGAGCUAUAUCUCUUAAAUUCAUUAUGGAACCUACUACAAGUAGCACUUUUCUGUAAAGAGGAAUGAUAGGAUUUUCAUUUGGAGUAAUCAGAAUUCAAGUUUGCAAUAUCCCCGGGAAUGGAUUUCCCGAAAAACGGGAAUGAAAAAUCUCAUUCCCCGGAAUUCUCGGGAACUGGGAAUGGAAAAAAAAAUCUUAGCAAAAUGGAGAUUUCGAAUAAAGUUUAUUUAUAAAAGGUAUCAAACAAUCGUUUACAAUUUCAUUAUCAAUUCGCAUGAAAAACGGUUUGAAAAACAAAGCUUAUUCAAGUUCACUCCAGAAAUUCAUGAUCGAUUUUUCUAGCAAAUGUUAGCAGAAGGGUAGGCUUCAGGGUUUUUAUGCCGUCGAACAAUCGCUUCAGAUCCGCUGACAAUUUUUCGUUAAGCCCAAAUAAUGUAAUUCCCUUCUAUAAAACUUUGCUUAAGAUCGCUGAAUCACCGCUGGUGUCUGAUUUCUAGGAUACUUCUAAAUCACCAAUUCCAGCUCUUGCUACAUUUCAUUAGAAACUGAAGAGUCCAAUACUUUUAGUUUCUUGAAGCUAAAGCUGACUGUUUGGCAGGCAGGAUUUAGAGCAUUUGAAUGCCUACGUAAUUAAUGUGAAAUCGCGGCCACGACCCAAGUUACUGACUGAAUUUUAUUAAUUUAUAUUUUCAAUUUCCAUUUUUUUAUCAAUUCACAGGUUUCAAAAUUUUUGUCAAUAAACAAAGAAAAAAUCAAGCAACUACCCGCUUAGUAGUAAACUCAUUAGUAAACUCACAAAAAAAGACAUUGGACGAAGAAAAUAUUUCUUAAUUUUUCGUUUACUGCACAUAUUUUUGACAAAUAAUUUAAGCAAAUAAUUUGCAAGCAAAUAUUGAUCGUCAUUUCAAGCAAAUAUUUGCUUCGUAUAAUGCACACUUUGAAGCUACUUUACACUUUCACGACGUAAGCUUUGUGUUUUGAUACAAUAUUUAGUUUUAUUGCAAUAUUGUAUGGAAAAUUUUUCGAGGAGCUCGGGAAUCCCGGGAUCCCGGGAAUCAAUAUCUCGGGAUCCGGGAAUCGCGGGAAAAGCUAGUUUCCGGGGAAAUCGUUCUGCAGACCCUAAUCAUAAUUUUGGCCGCCAUGUCGAAUUUGGCCGCCAUAUUGGAUUAUAUCAGAAAAAUGCAAUUUUGGCCGUGUUUGCAACCACCGAUUCUCGAUCUGAGACCGGCAUUGAAAGGCUGAGAAAGAAAUCUAUAAGAUGCAAGAAAAAAAUAGGUGAACAUCAGUGUUAACCUGAAGGAAUUCGAAUAUGAACACCCGCGUCGUGUGAGAAGCGAAAACAUAUUUGUUGUCCUUGAAUUCGUGAUCACACAAAUAGCUUCAAUCUAGGUCACAUUAAGUGAAUUUCAAAGUUGGACAGCUCUUUUAUGCGUAGAAUAUGAACAUUGAUUUAAUUUCAAAAAUUAACUAUGUGUUAUUUUUGUAAUACAGUGUCACUGCUACAAUUCGUUACGUCAUCAAAAGCAUAAAUUGAUACAGUUCUGACAAAUGAACAUAUCAUACUUAUCAACUAUCAACUGUAUCCAACCAGUAUAAGAGAUUUCUUCCGAGAGCGAAAAACAAGAGAUUUAUCAAGAAGUAUCAACAAAUGACAAUAAUAUCACAACAUACCCAUCUAGCUUUAUAGUAUAUUAUAGAGACAGUAUCAAUUUAAAUAAGUAACUGAAAGCCACAAAGUUUUAAACCACGAGCAAAACAGUAGAUCAGUCAAUUCCGCAUUCCGGCAUUACAAACACACAAGAAGGUUUAUUCGUUAAAUUUUUAAAUAGUUUCAGAGAGCUUCAAAGUUUACAUGUGUCUGACAAAUAAAGAUGAAACAAAUGACAAUAAGAAACCCAUGCACAACACGAAUCGAAGCACAUUUUACUGAACAAAAACAUACAAUAAUCCUAAAGUAUUAGAGCAGAUGAAGGGACGGCCGGUCCAGUCCGACAGUGUUGAUAAUUGACAAAAUUUGAAUAUAUACUGAUGAUUUAGCCAGUUAGAUAUCGUAUGGAAUGUUGUUGAUUGCAGUAUGUACUUAUAAAGUAGAGAGGAAUGUUUUUACAAGUAUUUUAUCAGAGUGAGCAUGCCAAGCUUAGUUGUUAUUGACGUUGCAAAUGUUGAUGGGUAAUCUUGCCAAAAGAGUAAAUUAUGUAGAUUGAUUUGGGGGCAACGGUAUAUGUUGUAGUCAGCAUUUUGGGUUUAUUAGUUGUACAAUUACUAGUGUUUGUCACUUAUAAGUUGAUGGUGGAAGGUUAUGAGAAAAUGAGAACGAUGUUGGAAUAGUUCUGUGCUGUGGACGCAACGCUCCACAGCAAAUAAUCCAUUUGUCGAAAAUAUGAAAAAAAUAAUUUAAGUGUUUAGAAUCGCAGCACAAAGAUGAAAGGAGCCAUGUACUGUAAAGAAAGUGUGAUUUAUUAAAACAGUUUUUAUAAAGUGAAUGAUAGAAACAACUAUCUUUUGUAUUAGCUAUCCUUCAUAGAAAACUACUAUGUAGAAAACAAGAUAGAACCCUUCACCUAGUGACAAGUCGCAUUUUUUUACGAAUGUCAACUCUAGCAGUUCGCAUACCUUACUUCGUAAAGACUAUUGAUAAAGAAUAUCUUAUGGUAAAAUAAAUAAGCUACACUAAAAACACAAUAACAAAAGUGAAACAAUGAAGAUCAAAUCAACUAGGAAACUGCUGCAUUGAGAGCCUAAAAUUUAUAUACAUAUACCACUAGUAACUAAUAACCAUACCUAAUUAAGAGGUAAACCAUAAGUUUGUGAGACAAACAAAACAUAUUCGUUCAUGUGAAGCUAACACAGCAACUGUAGCAUAAGAAAUUGUUUGAAACGGGGCUCCAUCUAAUCACACAAUUACGCUUGGUAUUUGUGGUAGCAAAUUGUUUAUACAUAUGCAAAAGUCGCACAUCCUGGCGGAACUAUUUAUUAAAGCCUUUAACGAAGUUGCAAAGGACACUACAGUGUACUUUGUCGAAGCUUGCCCGAUACUGCGACUAAAAUAUGCGAAAACUUCUUUCUAAGUUUUUUUACACUUGAAUUCAACAAAAAUAAAACAAUAACAUUGAGAAGCUUAAGGUGGUUACCAUACAAUACAGCUUUAUAUGUGCUACCAGGGGAUAUAGUUUACUCAUCCGAACCGUUCAAUGUUUUUCAAUUUUUUAGCAAACACGCGUUUGCGAUUAUCACCGUAGCAGUUUAGUUUGAUGAAAGUAUACAUAUAUUCUAAACGAAAUCAACACAACAGAAAAUAUUUUAGUGUGCUGAUAAUCAGCUCACAAGUAGAUUACAAUGGACUAACUGUAUCUAAUAGACUUAAACCGAUAAGUAUUGUUUUAAGAUGAGUUGUAAAAAAACGAUAAAUUUUGACAAUAAUUUACAAACUAAAUAUGCGUGGGUUUCAGCUUUAACUACACCUUAGGCGAACAAAUGAAAUGUUUAGGGCAACAGUAAAUAACCACCCUAGAAGACGAUGGAAUGAUUCCACUUACUAAACCGUAUCUAAUGAUUAGUGUGUGUGUUUAAUUUCCUUUGCCAAAUUUAGGAGAAAGUUAUUUAUCAUAUACAGCCAAGUUGCAAAGAUAUCUUGUCGCAUUAUGUGUCACAUCGUUAUUUUAGCACAAUUAGCACAAAGCCGCUUAGUAGCAGUCGUGGAUAUGGUUAAUUUAUCAAAAUAUUUUCAUAUAACAAAUUGCAGAAACGCAACUUUUUUUCAGGUCGAUACGUAAAAAAAGCACAGUAUAUGUUAUCAUUCCGACAAAAUUCAAAAUGUUUCAAUCACAGUAAAUUACGAAACAGAGAGGCAUAAUAAACUGGCUUAUACAUAUACAAAUCUCGUUAGCUGCUACCAUCUACCAAUAGAUCAUACACACGCAAAUCUAAUAGUGAAAAUGAUAGAUUUUAUGUAUUUCUUCAUAUACAACAAAAAUAAAUUCAUGUUUAGGAGAUAAAAAAUAUAUGCAACAGCUGAAAAGAUAAAAUAUCAUUACACUUUGAGCAGCAAGGACUAGAUACAAACCAUACUACGGAAUAGAAAACAAACGCAGAAAAACUUUUGUGCUUUUGAUAUUGGAAAUAUAUAGGAGAAAUAAAUAUAAAAAUACAUAAAAUACUAAUAUCUGUUAUACAGAAAGUUGAAUGUAACCCGUAAAAGAGAAAAAUCAAUCAAAGAAGAAACAUGUAUCAUGCAGGAUAAACCAUAAAAAUACACUUCUCUAGAAAGUAGUGCCAGUGUAUCGAGCAAACAUUCGAUGGAAUGACAAGCUUAAUAAAACUUUUAAAACACUCUGCAAUCCGUAAAGCUUUUUAGCUGCAGCAACGCAUAGACACGCAAAGGUCGAAUCAAAACAAACAUAUUAUCUAAAGUAAUCUCACAGUUUUGCAAAACAUGAGAUAAACAAAUAAUAAACCGAGUCACAACUGGAAUAACCUAGGCUGAAAGAAUUGCUCACAUAUUAGGAAACACGACAAUAAAAAUGUCCAUCUCACAAGUCGAUCAGUUGCAGCCUUUUAGUUGUAAACCGUAAGAUCUCAGUAACAUUUCACUCAUUUCAGCUGAAGUUGUGUUGCGUACACUUUUACACGUACACAUAAUUGUAUGACAAGCUCUAGUGUUCACAAAACAAAGUUUAAAAGGAACAGAAUAAACCGGAGACAAUAUUAAUAGAAGUUAAAGGCAAGCUAAACAUUUUAAAAGAAAUGAAACCAUUGACAAUACUUAUUGAGAAUAACAUAUUAUAACAAUACCAGUAUUAUGACGUUGCACAAAAUAAAUAAGAAAACCAACACCUGUCAAUUCUGAAGAGAGAAAAAAAGCAUAGCAUACUACUACCGAAACGCUCCUUUCGAGCUUACCCUGUACUUUCGUUCAUGGCCUCCUAGAACCUCCCUGUACGAACCAUAUCCCUUUCUACAGUGUUUUAUAUUCGUAAGUGGCGUGUGCUUUACCAAAAAAGUAGCCAGAAACUGUGCCAGCAGCAUAUUUACGAAUGACGGUUUUCAUAUGUUACAAAUGCAGACACACAAAAAGUAUGAAUUAACAAAAUGUAAGUUUUAAGAGAAGUAUAAACUACGCAUUAUUAAAUAGGCGUAACACAUACGCAUAUAUUAACUAGGCGAAGAAAUAUUUUGUAUCAACCAGAUAUCUUGGCAAGUACAGUACCUUUAAAAGGUAAGAGUAACUAUUGCUGACUAGCAGAUUGAUGUAUUUAAUGUUGAAAUAAAAAAAAAAAAAAAAAACAGAAAAACACUUGUGCAAACAUAAUAGACAACAAAUAUAAAUGAAAGAAAAGUAG